AUGGAUCAUCAACGCCAACCGCACGCCUCUGCAUUUGCACGCUUCUCCGACAAACUCAAGGAGACAACGAAGCGAGUAUCAGCCCACCACCAGCAUAACCGCGCCCCCAGCCGGGAGCACGACACUCUCCACAUCAGAGGGCCCUCCCGAGAUGAGCGGAGAAGCAGCAGUGCCAGCUACACCGACAAACUGCGGCACAUGCUCACAGCCUCACCCCGGCCGCCGCGAACAGGCAUCGACGACCUCCCCAUUGAAGUGCAGCAGCACAUUUUCCUCUUCCUGGAUUUCUGGUCGAUCCUGCGAUGCCAGCGCGUGUGCAAGCUCUGGCGGGACCUCGUUCCGGGGGAUUCGCCUUUACUCCAGGAAGCGCUGUACUUGAAGCCCAGCCGCAGUCUGCAGAUUUACAGCUGCGUGCCCGCGACGUUUGAGUUCGACUUUGACAUUUCGGUCCGGUCGGUCGUGUCUGGUCCACAGCCUAUAGGUAGUCGGUUUACGCUGGGGGUACGGAAGGAUUUCACCAUGACGAGGCGCUGUAUGGGCCUUAUCCGGACGAGCAGUGAGAUUGUUUUUCAUCCGAUUAUCAUGGAUGUGAAUUCUUAUCUACAGCGAAGUGACUUCAAGAGCCAUGUAGUGGAGGCGGGAGAAGAGGGUGCUGGAGCGGGUUCGUGGCGGAAUAUGCUGGUUGCUAUGCCGCCGUUGAGAGAGCUACGGCUGCGGCAUGGCAAGACGAGGACUGUGUAUCGCGUCUUGCGUGUGUCUGGGGGUGAGGAUGGGAUUAGGUUGGGGGAUUUGUUUCGGGUCAUGGAUGAAUGGGCUGCGGUAUAG